AUGUUUAAGUUCUCAGCUGCCGCUGUUGCGGCUAUUUUGAGCACCGCUUCUGCUUCCCUCGUUGCACGGCAGACAGCUUCCACCACCACGGCUGCGGCUCUCUCGGAGAUCACCGAUUGCGUUGUCUCGUCGUCUUCUCAGGUCUGCAAGGCAGGCACCACUGAGUACAUCGUCGCCGAAACACCUGCUGGUGCGCUGCCCAGUUCUUACACAGGAUGCCACCAUCAUGCCACCGAUACCUACUGUCUUCACGAUGAGGGCGAGGUCCUUGUCACGGCCGCCAACGCCCCGGCUGCCACCGCCGCUACUCCAACUGAGGCUGCUGAGACCGGAUCCCCAACGGCGGUGUCUGGCUGCCAUCUCCAUGGAGUGACUAUCUUUUGCAUGUGGGGCACCUCCGAGUAUCAAAUCAUGACCACGCCUACCAACACGGCCGCCUCUGCCAUCCCCACCGCGUUCACUGGCUGCCAUUCUCACGGCUCUGACACCUACUGCAUCGCACCCAGCGGUGAUGAGGUGGAGAUCGUGGCCGAGGGUGCCGCCGAUGAAGCCACGGACGAGAGCCCCCAGGGGGAGAACUGCCACUUCCACGCCGGCGUUGAACACUGCGUCGGUGGUGGAGAGAGCGAGAGCGGCGGCACAAGGAGCUGCGAGAAGGUCACCCGCGACUACAACAUUCCUCUCCGCAUCGGUCUCCUCUUCGUCAUUCUCGUCACCAGUGCCAUUGGUGUUUACUUCCCUAUUUUCAUGGUCAACUGGAUGCCCACCAAGACACACAACACCUUCAUUAUCCUGAAGCAGUUUGGUACCGGUAUCAUCAUUUCUACCGCGUUUGUCCAUCUAUACACCCACGCUGAUCUCAUGUUCGGCAACGAAUGUUUGGGCGAGCUUGAGUACGAGGGCACCACGUCUGCCAUUGUUAUGGCCGGUCUCUUCCUGUCGUUUCUGGUCGAGUACCUCGGCAAGCGCUUCGUUAUGGCCAAAGCCGCUGCCAACCAGACCUCAGCGUCCCUCCUUUCUGUCGACACCGUCACUGUCCUGGUCCUUGAGUGCGGUAUCAUCUUCCACUCCAUUCGUAAGUCCCUCUUUUCCUCCGGUCUGAUCCACAUUAACAUCCCCAAAGUCAUUGGUAUUACUCUGGUCGUCGCCGGAGACACCUUCUUCUUGACCCUAUUCGUCGUCAUCCUCUUCCACCAGAUGUUCGAAGGUAUCGCCCUGGGCACCCGCAUCGCCCAGCUGGGAGAGCGCAUCCCCACCAAAUCGGCCGAGCGUCCCGCCGAGAGUGAGCAGACCUCUUUAACACCUAAAGGCCCAAUCCUUCUCAAGAGCCCCUCCUUCUCUCUAGUCAGGAAGCUCCUACUUGCCACCCCCUUCGCUCUCGUCACUCCGAUCGGCAUGGCCAUCGGCAUUGGCGUUCUCUCAAAUUUCAACGGCAACGACCGUGACACUAUUAUCGCCAUCGGAACUCUGGAUGCUCUGUCCGCCGGUAUACUUAUUUGGGUUGGCGUCGUCGAGAUGUGGGCUGAAGAUUGGCUGCAUGGUCAUGGCGAGCUUCUUCGCACAAGCCCCAUUGUCACCUUCCUCGCUGGUUUUGGCUUGGUUGCCGGAAUGGUUAUCAUGAGCGUACUGGGCAAGUGGGCUUGA